AUGUCAUCACCGAUAUCUAAGGGUAGCGCCCCUAAAGGUGAAAACUCACCUAAAGAUAAAUUUAAAGAUGUUGAAGAACCAUCUGUAUUCCAAACGCCGCCACCACCCCCUCCAGAUCCACCUAAAUGCCCACUUUUAUCACGUUUACGAAGACAAGUAUGGUAUCCAUAUGCUAAUCGCAUAACAUUUGAACAUCGCGAAUGGUUUUGGUCGCCGUAUUGUCCAUUGAUAACAAGUCGGGUUACGCAGUAUACCCCACCAAUUAUUAGAAAAGGGGAGCCAAGAAUUAUUACAGAGAUUCCAAGAACUGGACGGAUAGCUUGUUUGUCAACAUGUCCAAAGGCUAAGAAAGCAGCUUUAAUCUUGUACGACCCGGAAACACUGAAGGAAGAAAACAGAACUGACUUCAAAUAUGAAGUUCUCCCCUCAUCUUUGUUAUCAAUACAAAAUGAAGUGGGACAACCAAAUGAAUAUAAACUUGAAGAUGAUAGUACGCCAACUGGAAUGUAUUCAAAUAUGGAUCUCUUAUUUAUUUUAUUUCAACCUAUUCAAAAAUUACGCGUUUUGAACCCGACAACACUAAAACCCAUUGAUUUUCGUUUAGAAAAUGCUUUUGCUGAUGAAAGCACAUGUAUACACUUAGCAACUUCAGGUGGAUAUGCAGCAAGUGAAAAUUCACUGUUCGUAGCUGCAACAAGACCACCAACAGUACAAAUAUUUUCGAUCCAUAGACAGCGUAUUCUGUCUCAAACGGAUCGUAUCAAUAUAAAAUGGUAUUCAGGAUUCGGCUUAGAUCGUUUAUCGAUUGGAGAGCCAUAUGGAAUUCAAAUUGACUCUCUGGGAUUAUUAGUUGUUUCUGAUUCUCGUGGUGGAUAUAUGAGAGUUUAUAAUACUUUUACAAAUAAGAAUUUACCUAGACCGGGACAUUUCAGUCUGGGUAAAAAUGGCACAGCAUGUAUUGUUGACAGAUGGUCAAAAAAAUUAGCUAUCACUGCAGACAGAACAAUAUUUAGGUGGUAUGAGGAAACACUAUUAGCAUUAGAUGAUGCCUUACUUCUACGUCCAGUUGUUGACCAUUUGAUGCCAAUAAAUGGUCUACCAGCUCUUCCAAUGUUAGCUGAUGAAACAUGUGACGUUAAAAGAAGCUCAAGUCAAGCAUCUCUUCCAAUUCCAGAUGAUAUCCUACUACCUGGAUGGAUAGUUAAACAAUAUCAAAGAGACGAUUUGCCGGCUAAUCCACCAUCUCCAAAAUCACCACCUAAAUCGAAAAAAUCAUCGAAAAAUAGAAGUCCUAAAUCCAGUUCAGGGAAAAGUAAAAAGAAAUAA